AUGAAAAGUAGAUCCAAGAGUGUGUCCAUGUCUGCUCAUUCACUAUUCUCACAAAUACCACUAAAAGCAAAUCGUCCCAAUCUAUGGUUCAAGACAAGGAGCCAUGUGAGGCAAGACAUAUUGUCCAAGACACCGAAGAUUGCUGCUACUCAUCUUGAAUCAGGUUUCCGACUAUUGACCAUUGACGUCAUCUGGGUAAAGAGAAGACAAGUCGCUCGAACAAGGGUGCUUGGUCGUGUUGAACUAGUUGCCCAGUUCGCCUAG